AUGAGUGAGGAACAGGAUCCUUUACUAGCAGGAUUGGGAGAAACACCCGCCAAUGAUGGUGCUCAACAGCCUCAGGACCAGCAACCAGAACAGCCACAAGAGACGGAAGAGCAACGUGAAGAGCAUUCUCCUAAAUUAGAUCCCGAGCAGGAGGCUCACAACAAGGCCCUGAAUCAAUUCAAAAGAAAGUUGCUAGAACACAGAAGAUAUGACGAUCAAUUAAAGCAGCGCCGUCAAAAUAUACGAGAUCUAGAGAAGCUAUAUGACAAAACUGAGAAUGACAUCAAGGCCUUACAAAGUAUUGGCCAAUUGAUUGGUGAAGUUAUGAAGGAACUAUCUGAAGAGAAAUAUAUAGUCAAGGCUUCUUCGGGUCCACGUUAUAUUGUCGGAGUUAGGAAUUCGGUAAAUCGUUCAAAGUUGAAGAAGGGGGUGAGAGUCACCCUAGACAUUACCACCCUGACUAUCAUGAGAAUUUUACCAAGAGAAACGGAUCCACUUGUGUAUAAUAUGACCAGUUUUGAACAAGGUGAAAUCACUUUUGAUGGUAUCGGUGGUCUAACGGAUCAAAUCAGAGAAUUGAGAGAAGUUAUAGAAUUGCCAUUGAAGAACCCAGAAAUUUUUCAAAGAGUUGGUAUCAAACCUCCAAAAGGUGUGCUACUUUACGGACCACCUGGUACUGGUAAAACUUUAUUGGCCAAGGCUGUUGCCGCCACAAUUGGUGCCAAUUUCAUUUUCUCUCCUGCAUCUGGUAUUGUAGAUAAAUAUAUUGGUGAGUCUGCCCGUAUUAUCAGAGAAAUGUUUGCAUAUGCAAAAGAACACGAGCCUUGUAUCAUCUUUAUGGAUGAGGUGGAUGCUAUUGGUGGUCGUAGAUUCAGUGAAGGUACUUCAGCAGACCGUGAAAUUCAACGUACUUUAAUGGAGUUAUUAACUCAGAUGGAUGGUUUUGAUAAUCUUGGACAAACCAAGAUUAUCAUGGCUACAAACAGGCCAGAUACUUUGGACCCUGCUUUGUUAAGGCCCGGUAGAUUAGACAGAAAAGUUGAAAUUCCACUACCUAAUGAAGCCGGUAGAUUGGAAAUUUUCAAAAUUCAUACUGCAAAAGUCAAGAAAACAGGCGAAUUUGACUUUGAGGCCGCUGUAAAAAUGAGUGAUGGUUUUAAUGGUGCUGAUAUUCGUAAUUGUGCAACUGAAGCCGGGUUCUUUGCGAUAAGGGAUGACCGUGAUCACAUAAACCCUGACGAUUUAAUGAAAGCCGUUAGAAAAGUAGCAGAAGUUAAGAAGUUGGAAGGUACUAUAGAAUACCAGAAAUUAUGA